AUGGAAUCAGAGAAACAAGGAAGGUCUGAUACUUUGAAUGAAGAAAAUGAUCGGGUUGAUCCAGUCAAGGGUGACACCACUGCUACCAGGAAACGCUCCUAUGAGUGUACUUUUUGCAAGCGAGGCUUCACCAACGCUCAGGCCUUAGGGGGACACAUGAACAUACACCGAAGAGAUCGAGCCAAGGCCAAGCAACCAACAAGUUCUUGGGUUCCAAGUGAACCAAUGAAUGAGGACUACAUGAACCCUAGAUAUGUUCCACCAAUCCCAAUUGAUCAACCAUCAAAGCACUAUCCGAUUAUGGAGGCUGCUCAAAUUCAACCACCAGUGUAUAGCCCGAGACUUCCAUAUGGUUAUUAUGAUUGUGAUUUUCUUGCCCCUCCAAGGUCGCAACCCUUGAGCAUGAAUGAAGAGCGUUUGGGUGCAGACUUGAGCCUUCAAAUUGGCCCUGCAAUUAAUCUAGAUGAAAGUGACGUGAGGAGGGGAAUCAUGAAAGAAGAUGAAGUGGAUUUGGAGCUUCGACUCGGUCAUGAUCCAUAG